AUGAAGACUUUAAUAUUUUUAGUGGGUUUCUUAGUAGUAAAUGGGAAAGGGUCUGUUAUUCCUCAUGAAGUUUAUGGUGUACCUCACGAAUAUUCUGCUCAUUUUCAACAACAACAACAACAAGCUGCCUCAAAAACUGUAUCAAAUAUUUACGAGUCAAAAAUCGAAUAUAGUGCACCGGCAAGUCCUGCUGAAGUUUACGGUGUGCCAGAAGUAAGAAAACCUGCAGAAACCUAUGGAGUACCAGCUGAGGUUUAUGGUGUGCCAAAGGAAGAAAAACCAGUUGUUGUUACUAAAUACUCAUACACAAUUCCCGAAGAAGCACCAAAACCUGCUAUUACUUAUGGUGUACCUGAAGUAAGAAAGCCAGCUGAAGUUUACGGAGUACCGGAAGUAAGGAAACCAGCUGAAACCUACGGUAUACCAGAAGUAAGGAAACCAGCAGAAACCUAUGGUGUACCAGAAGUAAGAAAACCAGCAGAAACCUAUGGAGUACCAGCUGAAGUAUACGGUGUUCCAAAAGAAGAAAAACCAGUUGUUGUUACUAAAUACUCAUAUACUAUUCCCGAAGAAGCGCCUAAGCCUGCCAUUACUUAUGGAGUACCAGAAGUAAGAAAGCCAGCUGAAAUUUACGGAGUACCGGAAGUAAGGAAGCCUGCAGAAACCUACGGUGUACCAGCUGUAAGGAAACCAGCGGAAACUUACGGAGUACCAGCUGAAGUAUAUGGUGUGCCAAAAAAAGAAAAACCAGUUGUUGUUACUAAAUACUCAUACACAAUUCCCGAAGAAGCACCAAAACCUGCCAUUACUUAUGGUGUACCAGAUGUAAGAAAGCCAGCUGAUGUUUACGGAGUACCAGAAGUAAGAAAGCCAGCUAACGUUUACGGAGUUCCAGAAGUAAGAAAGCCAGCAGAAAUUUACGGAGUACCAGAAGUAAGAAAGCCAGCAGAAACCUAUGGAGUACCAGCUGUAAGGAAACCAGCGGAAACUUAUGGAGUACCAGCUGAAGUAUAUGGUGUGCCAAAAGAAGAAAAACCCGUUGUUGUUACUAAAUACUCAUACACAAUUCCCGAAGAAGCACCAAAACCUGCCAUUACUUAUGGUGUACCAGAAGUAAGAAAGCCAGCUGACGUUUACGGAGUUCCAGAAGUAAGAAAGCCAGCAGAAGUUUACGGAGUACCAGAAGUAAGAAAGCCAGUAGAAUCCUAUGGAGUACCAGCUGUAAGGAAACCAGCGGAAACUUAUGGAGUACCAGCUGAAGUAUAUGGUGUGCCAAAAGAAGAAAAACCUGUUGUUGUCACUAAAUACUCAUACACAAUUCCCGAAGAAGCACCAAAACCUGCCUUUACUUAUGGUGUACCAGAAGUAAGAAAGCCAGCUGAAGUUUACGGAGUACCAGAAGUAAGGAAGCCAGCUGAAGUUUACGGAGUACCAGAAGCAAAAAAGCCAGCAGAAACCUAUGGUGUACCAGAAGUAAGGAAACCAGCGGAAACUUACGGAGUACCAGCUGAAAUAUAUGGUGUACCAAAAAAAGAAAAACCCGUUGUUGUUACUAAAUACUCAUACACAAUUCCCGAAGAAGCACCAAAACCUUCCAUUACUUAUGGUGUACCAGAAGUAAGAAAGCCAGCUGACGUUUACGGAGUACCAGAAGUAAGAAAACCAGCUGAAGUUUAUGGUCUACCAGAAGUAAGGAAACCAUCAGAAACCUAUGGUGUACCAGCUGUAAAGAAACCAGCGGAAACUUACGGAGUACCAGCUGAAGUAUAUGGUGUGCCAAAAGAAGAAAAACCCAUUGUUGUUACUAAAUACUCAUAUACCAUUCCCGAAGAAGCUCCUAAACCUGCCGUUACUUAUGGAGUACCAGAAGUAAGAAAACCAGCAGAAGCCUAUGGUGUACCAACUGAAGUGUAUGGUCUACCAGAAGUAAGGAAACCCGCAGAAACCUAUGGUCUACCAGAAGUAAGGAAACCAGCAGAAACCUAUGGAGUGCCAGAAGUAAGGAAACCAGCUAAAACCUAUGGAGUACCAGAAGUAAGGAAACCGGCAGAAACCUAUGGAGUACCAUCGGAAGUAUAUGGUGUUCCAAAAGAGGAAAAACCAGUUGUUGUUACUACAUACUCAUAUACCAUUCCUGAAGAAGUGCCAAAACCUGCUGUUACUUAUGGUGUACCAGAAGUAAGAAAGCCAGCUGAAGUUUACGGACCCCCAGAAGUAAGAAAGCCAGCAGAAACCUAUGGAGUGCCAGCUGAAGCUUAUAGCGUUCCUGUACAACCACAUGCUGUAUAUGGUGUACCAAAUGAAUACAAGUUUGAAGUAGAGUCUCAGUAAGUAAGUAUUCUAAAUCCCGAUGAGACUUUUAUAAAAGUUUCUAUAUUUAUUUCUAAGUUUUAAAUUAUUACUGUAUUUUAUAGAAAGAAAAAAUAAAUUAUUU